AGUUGUCAGAGGGACGCGAAUCCGAUUAAUUAACAGUAUACAUAGGAUAUAAAAGUUGGAAAUGAAUAAGUGUUUAAUAAACCACUCCCGAAGUCCUCCCCAUACAAGGGAACUAAUUUUGAACUGCUUAACCUACGCGCUUUUCACAAUUGUUACGCUAUGCGGAAUUUGGCUCUUGUGGGACGUGUCCAGCAUUCAAAAUUUUAUGUCGGACAAAAAGGAUACCAUGGUGCUCGACCUAUCCCGCACGCAGGAGGUAGUAUUGGAGUCAGACUCCGAGCAGCCUCGUGCUCGUAAUGUGAACUGCACAUUUUGGGAUUGCCUUAACAUCUACAAAUGUGGUCAGAAUGAGCAUGACAAGCUAAAGGUGUUCAUCUACCCAUUACAAGAGUUUGUGGAUGAAAAGAGCGAGAAAGUGGCAACGACGCUGUCAGCUGAGUACUUUCAAAUCCUGGAGGCAGUGCUGAAGAGCCGUUACUACACAUCAAAUCCAAACGAGGCUUGUCUUUUUUUGCCGAGUUUGGACCUUUUAAACCAAAACAUAUUUGAGAAGAAUUUAGCUGGUGCCGCUUUAGCAACUCUAAAUUUUUGGGACCGUGGCGAAAAUCACAUACUUUUCAACAUGCUGCCUGGUAGUGCGCCCGAAUACAAUACUGUAUUGGACAUCAACACGGAUAAUGCUGUCGUGUUGGGUGGCGGAUUCGAUAGUUGGACAUAUCGACCUGGUUUUGAUGUUUCUAUUCCAGUUUGGAGCCCGCUUCUGCAGCAUUAUCAUCCACCAACCCAGUUUUCCAGGGAUCGGAAGUAUUUGCUUAUUGUAGCGCAGUUAAAUCUUUUGCCCCUACAUCUACGCACAAUCCGAGAGCUAUCUAAAAAGCAUGCCGAUCAGGUACUUAUGCUGGGACCCUGUGAGGGGACUGAUUUGGCGUUACGUUGUACCCGCACUCAUCAUCAAAAGCAUUUGGAAUACCCUCGCAUACUAUCGAGAGGAAAAUUUUGCCUUGUGGGUCGAAGUUUGCGCAUGGGCCAACCAGAUCUCCUCGAAAUUAUGUCCCAAAAUUGUAUUCCUGUGGUGGCAAUUGACAACUAUGUAAUGCCCUUCGAAGACGCCAUAGAUUGGUCAUUGGCUACAGUGCGUGUCAGAGAAUCCGAGUUGCACUCAGUGCUGCGAAAACUUUCCGUUAUAUCUAAUGUAAAAGUCGUUGAGAUGCAGAAACAAGUCCAGUGGCUUUACAACAGCUAUUUCAAGGACCUGAGGAGCAUAACCAUUACAGCGUUGGAAAUUUUAGAGAGUCGAAUUUUUCCGUUGCGGGCUCGCAGCAUUCGAAAAUGGAAUGCCAUUAGCACCAAUAGCCGCGCAACGUUUAACCCUCUGUUCUUGCCCUCCCUCUCCCCUAAAUCACAAGGUUUUACUGCAGUCAUUUUGACAUAUGAUCGCGUAGAGAGUCUAUUUCUCUUAAUUCAGAAGCUUGCUGUCGUGCCUUCGUUGCAAAGUAUUCUCGUUAUUUGGAACAACCAACGUAAAAUGCCACCACAUCUUUCAACAUUCCCAUCUAUAUCCAAACCGCUUAAAAUUAUACAGACUAGUGAAAAUAAGUUGUCCAACAGAUUUUUUCCAUAUCCCGAAAUUGAAACUGAGGCGAUUUUAACUAUAGAUGAUGAUAUAAUAAUGCUGACGACUGACGAGCUAGACUUUGGUUACGAAGUUUGGCGCGAGUUUCCCGACCACAUAGUGGGAUUUCCUAGUCGCAUUCAUAUGUGGAAUAAUGUGACCAUGCGUUGGCAUUACGAAUCUGAGUGGACAAAUCAAAUAUCUAUGGUGCUCACCGGCGCUGCUUUUCAUCACAAAUAUUGGAGCCACAUGUAUACUUACGCCCUGCCAGGCGACAUAAAACAGUGGGUAGAUGAGCACAUGAAUUGCGAAGAUAUUGCAAUGAACUUUCUUGUGGCAAACAUAACAAAUAAUCCACCAAUCAAAGUAACACCCCGCAAGAAAUUUAAAUGCCCUGAGUGUACCAAUACUGAAAUGCUCUCAGCAGAUUUGAAUCACAUGCGUGAACGUUCUGCCUGUAUUGACCGAUUUUCGAAGAUUUUUGGACGCAUUCCACUCCGUACUGUUGAAUUCAGAGCGGAUCCAGUUCUAUUUAGAGAUAAUUUCCCCGAAAAGUUAAAGCGCUAUAAUGACAUUGGUAGCCUGUAAGCACACCAAGCUUAGAUGUUUGAUUUUACGGCAA